AUGGCAGCUCCUGCAGAGGAGUCUAAGCCGGCAUAUCAGCCCCGGUAUAUUGAUAUCGGCAUCAACCUGGCCGAUCCCAUCUUUAGGGGUCUGCACCAUGGCAAGCAACGGCACCCCAAUGACCUUGCUGGGGUCGUUUCAAGAGCAAAGGAAGUCGGAUGCACCAAGCUUAUAGUCACGGGGUCCGACUUUACCAGCUCCAGAGAUGCCUUGGAUAUUGCAAAGGACUAUCCCGGCGUUGUGUACACGACAAUCGGGAUUCACCCCUGUAGCAGCGCCAUAUUCAGCAGCUCGGAUGAGGCCGCAGAGGGCAUCAACACGAACCCGGAUCCCGAAAAGCCUGUCCCUGAGCACCAUGAGCCGGAUCUGAAGAAGACGGAGGCCAUCAUAGCCGAGCUACGUGACCUCAUCAACGAAUCAACAGCCUCCAAUUCCGGCGUUGUCGCCUUUGGAGAGUUCGGGCUCGACUACGACCGCUUGCACUACUGCUCAAAGAAGGUCCAGCUCCACGCUUUCGCGGCGCAGCUUGAUCUCGUUCUCGAGACGAAGCCUCAGCUGCCCCUUUUCCUGCACUCUAGAGCCGCCCAUGCGGAUUUCGUUCGGUUGCUCAAGGAGAAGUUCGGCGACAAGCUCGAGAAGCUGGAGAAGGGCGGUGUUGUUCACAGCUUCACCGGCGCCAUCGAGGAGGCCAAGGAGUUGAUGGAUCUCGGCCUGUACAUUGGUAUCAACGGCUGCAGUUUCAAGACCGAGGAGAAUUGUAAAGUCGUCGAGCAGAUCGGCCUGGACAGGAUGAUGAUUGAGACGGACGGCCCUUGGUGUGAGAUUAGACCAAGUCAUUUCGGCUACAAGUAUCUCAUUGAGAAGAAACCGGAGGUCAACGGCACUGCUGGUGGAGCUACAACUCCAGACGCUGCUCCGAAACCUCAGCCUAAGAAGAAGAACCAGAAGAAGGAACCCGAAGUACAAGAGCGCUUCAAGGUUGUUAAGAAGGAAAAGUGGGAGGAAGGCGCCAUGAUCAAGGGUCGGAACGAGCCAUGCAUGAUUGAGCGUGUGGCCAAAGCUGUUGCGGGCAUCAAGGGAGUAGAAGUUGAGGACAUAUGCGAGGCGGCUUGGAGGAAUACUGUCAAGGUUUUCGGCGUAGACUAA